UAGUCUUUCUCUUGAUUUUCGCUCAAACCAUUUUCGCCGCAUUAUAGCAAAAUCAAAAGCAGAAAACGUAAAAAGGGCCAGGACAAAAAGUGUGAAAAUUUUCGUUGAAAAUUUAUUUGUAGGGCUGUUAACAAAACAAAAAUAUUUUGCUGUGUAUUUUGCAUUUGUUUUAAUAAAUGAUCCUAAUGAUUGCAAAAUGAAACUAACAAUUAAAUCAUGGACUGGAGUAGCAACUUGGCGAUGGAUCGCAAAUGAUGAGAAUUGUGGCAUCUGUCGAAUGUCAUUCGAGAGUACCUGUCCGGAGUGUUCGCUGCCUGGUGACGAUUGUCCUUUAGUGUGGGGCGUGUGCUCUCAUUGUUUUCAUAUGCACUGCAUUGUGAAGUGGUUGAAUUUGCAAACUAUGAAUAAGCAAUGUCCCAUGUGCCGCCAAAGUUGGAAGUUCAAUAUACAUUGAAAACAUGGACGAA